AUGCUUCCGUACCAGCUUCCUAUUGCUAUCGUGCUGGCUGUCAGCACGGCAGCGAGUCUCAUAGUUUUCUUCCUCUCUAGAACUCAAGAGGGCAAAAUCAAGCUUUCAAACGAUGACGCUGCAGACAAUGAAAUCUAUCAACACGAUGCAUUUGACGUAACGAGACCUGAAGACAUCCUGGAUGGAUUCCCUAUUGAAGAAGAGCAAUUCUGGAGACGGAUGCGAUUGAGAAAAGCCAUUUUAUCGUUGUUCCUUGCAUUCGCGCUUGCAUUAAGUACGGUAUCACUUGGGUGGUCCAUUGCCAGCAACAACGUAAAUGACACAGCAAUUUAUUCCCUGCAUGUUUGCUUCGAUUUAUUCACCUUCCUCGUUGCGGCACGGUCAAUUGCUCAGAGCACAACCGAAUACCAUUCAGAGUCCAUCAUUCACCUUACCGUCUUGUUGACCAUUGCUUUCUCCUUGCUGGGAGUUGCAGCUAUCUUGCCAGAUACUCCUUCACCGGUCGCCGCAGUUAUAAGAGAUGAAAACCGGGUGAUCCUGUAUCUGUGGUACGCUUUGGUGGCAAUUUAUGGCGUUGCUUGUGGCAUCUGCUAUACUACACCUCUUGGACCUCCACUUCACUACCCACCGUCCGACAUUUAUUCCGAGAAGACGGUCCAAUCCAUUACUAACAAGGACGAGGAGAACGUCUGUGGUAUUAUUAAUGGUUCUCCUUGGGACAUUUUACUAUUUUCAUACACUACAAAAGUCGUUUGGUUAGGAAACAUUGCUGCGAGUCUGGACAUCGGAGAUUUGCCAAUCGUUCCUGCCAAUAUGAGGUCAACAGUCAACUACGCGCGGAUGAGGAAGGCCACCCGCGAACUCAAAAUGCGGAUUUUUUCUUGGAAACCGAAGCCUGGUAGUGGCUGGUUACUCGGAUAUCAACUUAUUCGCCUUAACUACAUCCCCUUUACAGCAGAGUUUCUGCUUGCUGCAGUAUCUGCAGUACUGUUUUACGCUCCUCCCCUUUUCUUGCAGAAGCUUGUCGCUUUCCUUGAAGUAGAUCCAACUAGAGAAAACAAGGGAUGGGGCUGGGUUUAUGUCAUUGGAAUCUUCUCUGCCAACGCUAUUUCUUUCCUGAUUACCGGUCAAUUAUGGUCACUCUCAACAACUCUGAUCCAAGUCCGUCUUAGAAUUCAACUCAAUUCAACGUUAUACGCGAAGACCCUCAUCCGAAAAGAUGUUGCUUCCAAUGCUACAACGCCGCCAACGACUACAGACGUCGCAGAUGGUGAAAACGCCAAACCCGCAGAGGUUGUAGAGAAAUCGGACGAAGACGACUUUUCCAGCAAAGCUCAAAUUAUGACAUUGAUGACUACCGAUGUUGAUAGAGUUAGUGAUUUUGCGUGGCAUGUCUUCUCGCUCGUCGAUGCUCCGAUUGAAAUCGUAAUCGGAACAUGGUUCUUGUAUAAUCUUCUUGGUGUAUCUUGCUUCUUUGGCCUUGCUGUAACAUGUCUAUUCCUUCCUAUGAAUCAUUAUGCUGGAAAGGUUGUCGUUGGCGCUCAAGAAAACUUGAUGAAAGCCCGAGACGAGAGAGUUGGUCUUAUGAACGAGAUCCUAGGAGGAAUUCGGAUGAUCAAGUUCAUGGGCUGGGAACGCAGCUUCGAGAAACGAGUUCUCGGUAUUCGCGCAAAAGAGCUCAAAUAUCAGAAAUUGAACUACACUAUUGAGACUCUCUGGAACGCCAUUUGGAAUGGAUCACCUAUUCUAGUCACCUUGGUUUCUUUCUGGCACUAUGCGAUUUACAGGAAGGAAGCAUUGACACCCUCCAUCGCCUUUACGUCCAUCCUUGUUUUCUCUGAAAUGAAGUUUGCUCUCAGUGCGCUGCCAGAGACCUUCAUCAACAUGCUUCAGAGCUUUGUGUCUCUUCGUCGAAUUGAAAAAUACCUGAAUAGUGCCGAGGUCAAACGUGUUCCACCCCUCGACCAACAAUCGAAAAAGGUUGCUUUCCAGUCAUGCACGGUAACAUGGCCACAGGAUCGAGCAGCGAGUAGUCUGGCUUCAUCAGUCGCUCCUACUCCCAAAAACAAGUUUUUGCUUGUCGAUCUCUCUCUGAAUUUCCCUCAGGGAGAAAUUUCCCUGAUUUGCGGGAAGUUGGGGUCUGGAAAGAGUUUACUGCUCCUUGCCUUGCUUGGAGAAGCAGAUAUCUUAGCCGGACAAGUACUUUGCCCUCAGUCUCCUCCAGAUUCGUUGGCUUCGUUCUCAAAUGUCAAACCGAGCCCAGAAGAUUGGGUAGUUGAUGGAGUUUGCGCAUAUGUACCCCAGGCAACUUGGCUUCGCAACGCUUCUAUUAAAGACAACAUCCUAUUCAAUCUGCCAUACGAUGAAGAUCGUUACCUGAAGACUCUUGAGGUUUGUGCUCUCGUGAGCGACCUUGAAAUUCUGGAAGAUGGUGACGAAUCUGAAAUUGGAGAGCGGGGGGUCAAUUUGUCUGGAGGACAAAAAGCAAGAGUCUCUCUCGCACGUGCUGUAUAUUCUCGAGCAUCUAUUCUUCUGCUUGAUGACGUUUUAUCUGCUGUUGAUGCUCACACUGCUCAUCAUCUCUAUCAUGAAUGUCUACGAGGCGACCUUAUGAAAGGCAGAACCAUCAUUCUGGUUUCACAUCACGUACAGCUUUGUGCACCUGGAGCGUCGUAUGUUGUUGCUCUUGACAACGGCCGCGUCCAAUUUGAGGGUUCCAAGGACGACUUCUUCCGUUCAGGAGUCCUCUCGACUCUAAUUCAAACCACUCAAGCUCAAGGUGCCGAUGAUAAAGACGAAAAGGAAGAUUUAGAAAAGGUCGAAGAACAACUCCUUUCUGGAGAGCAGCCCGAGUCAGAGGCAACAUCUACCGUAGCAUCCGCACCGGCUUCUGUCAAAUUGGAGAAAAAGCCUGCCAGAAAACUUGUCGAAGAAGAAAAACGGGCAGUUGGUCGUAUCAGUCGCGACAUCUGGGAAACUUACGUAUGGGCUUGCGGAAAUGGAUGGUAUUGGGCACUUUUCGUAUUUGUUUUGAUUGUUGCAUCUGCGAGUCCCGUUCUGGAGAACGGCUGGUUGAGAUAUUGGUCCAAUUCCGCACUAAAUGGAGGUGGUCAAUCGCCAGUCUUCUACAUUACACUUUAUGCAGUUAUCACAACAAUUGGUCUCGUCAUCUCCACUAUUAGAUGGUUCAUCCUAUACGCUGGGUCAAUUCAUGCUUCAGAUGUCUUGUACAAGAGGUUGCUGGAGUCUAUCCUUUUUGCUGACAUUCGGUUCCAUGAUACUGUUUCACGCGGCCGUGUUCUAAACCGCUUUGGAAAGGAUUUUGAAGGCAUUGACAGCAGUCUUUCCGAUAAUUUCGGUCGAAGUAUUAUGUAUGGACUUUCAGCUGCAACCACACUGGUCACAGUUAGUGUCGUUGGCGGAAUACCUUUUAUCAUCGCCGCACUUAUCAUGGGCAUUAUCUACUGGAACGUCGCUAAAAUUUACGGCCAAACUUCAAGGGAUAUGCGUCGACUUGAUUCCACAACUCGUUCGCCCCUCUACUCCAUUUACGGCGAGACUAUAUCAGGUGUCACCAUUAUCAGGGCUUUCGGAGCGUCUUCAAAGUUCCUGCGAGAUAUGCUUCGUUGUGUCGACACUAACUCAAACCCCUACUACUGGAUGUGGGGAGUAAAUCGAUGGCUUUCAGUUCGCUUCAACCUGCUAUCAGCUGGCAUUGUUGGUUCUACAGCACUUGUAUGUCUCAUAACUCCCAGUAUCACUGCUUCUAUGGCCGGAUUUGCUUUGGCGUUCGCAUCGACGAUUACGAACGAUCUAUUGUUUAUGGUCAGACGCUUUGUCGGAUUAGAACAAUCAAUGGUCGCCCUGGAGCGCGUCAAGGAGUACACUGACCUUAAACGAGAACCUCCUGAGUUCGUGGAACCUAGACCACCUGCGAGUUGGCCUUCGCACGGAGCUAUAAAAUGUGAAAACCUUGUCAUCCGUUAUGCUCCUGAGUUGCCAGAUGUUCUCCAUCAUCUGAACUUUGAAGUAAACCCUGGUGAAAAGAUCGGUAUUCUUGGGAGAACAGGCUCCGGGAAAAGCACGCUUGCAUUAUCCUUCUUCAGGUUUGUCGAGGCCACAGAAGGACGGAUUCUCGUAGAUGGAAUCGACACGUCCAAAAUUGGUCUUACAGAUCUUCGAAGUCGGUUGACCAUCAUUCCUCAGGAUCCCACAAUUCUCAGCGGCACCCUGAGAUCCACGCUAGAUGUAUUCAAUGAAUAUGACGAUGCCGAAAUUUACGAAGCUCUUCGUCGCGUUCACCUCAUCCCUUCAGAAGAUACCCCAGCUGAGGCCUCAGAUACAGUCAAUGCAAAUGUUUUCCGUGACUUGGAUUCCAAAGUUUCUGAAGGAGGCGACAAUUUCUCUACAGGGGAGAAGCAACUACUUUGUAUGGCAAGGGCGAUCCUCAAGCGCUCCAAGAUUCUGGUUAUGGAUGAGGUCAUGCUGUUGGAGCAAGGACGCAUCAUCGAGUUCGACCGUCCGGCUACCCUCCUGAGCGAUCCGGCUUCCAAGUUUUACGCAUUGUGCAAAGCCACCGGAAAGGAAGAGUUUAGUAUACUCAAGAAAAUGGCUGGGGUACUGUAA